AUUGAGUGGCGUUCGCAGAUUUGCUGUAAUUUUAUUUCCGGUACAUGUGAAAAAAAUGCUUCGGAAAAAACUAAAAAGAAACGUCGAUUCUACUGGUUUGAGAGACAGUAAAUUAAAACAAAAUAAUGUCCAGAUACUGGGAGACAACACAGCGAAAGACGCAGCAGUGUCGGCUCUUGAAAAAGAAGUUUUAGGUGGAGAGAACGAAAUCUUAGAAAAUCUCGAUAAAUUUUCGUCACUCUCUUCAGCACAGCAAUCAAAGAUACAGAAGCUUGAUGAUGAUGAACUUGUUCCUGUUUGGGAAGAUGAAGAUGACCAGGAAGAAGAAAGUGUAAGAGUGGACAAACAAUAUAGAUUCAAACAGAUUCGACGAGGGGAUGAGACAAAAAUCUCACAAAAAGUUUAUACAAAUCGGCUUAAGAAGCAGUUUGAAAGGGUUACAGGGACACCAUCAUGGGCAGUGUUAAAAUCACACAAAGAAGCCAGAAAAUCUGCAGAUUCUUCUGAUGACAGUGAUGAUGAACUGUCAAAAUCUACUGGGUCCUAUCUCACUGGAUCCCAGUCCCUUCCUAAAGGUGUUUUACAGUUUAAAAAAUGUCCCGAUGCGAAUAAAGAACAGUUCUCUUCUGGUAAACUAAAAUCAACAGAAUUUCAUCCGACAGCCCAGGUUUUGCUCACAGCAGGAAUGGACCAGUCACUCCAUCUAUUCCAGGUUGAUGGACAGCACAAUCCGAAGAUCCAGAGCAUGUUCAUUGAGAAUUUCCCCAUUCAUACAGCACACUUUACCACAGAUGGACAUGAAGUUAUUAUGGGUUCAAAACACAAAUCUUUCUACUACUUUGAUAUGAUAGCUGGAAAAAUUAUUAAUGUACCAAAAAUCAAAGGUUUAGAAGAAAGGAAUAUGAAAAAGUUUUCUGUGUCCCCAGAUGGCAAACACUUGGCCUUUCUAGGAACAUAUGGCAGUAUACAUCUUAUAUCUGCAACGUCCAAAGAAUGGGUGGCCUCUCUGAAAAUCAAUGGUAGUGUAGAUGCUGUGUGUUUCUCCCCAGAUGGCUCAAGAUUAUACGCAACUGGAGAUGAUGGAGACGUGUAUGUAUAUAACAUGGCAACAAGAGACUGUGUUCACAGGUUCAAGGAUGAUGGCUGUAUACAAGGCACAAGUUUAGCUGUAUCUAAAAAUAAUCAAUAUCUAGCUUGCGGGUCUUAUAGUGGAAUAGUGAACAUAUACGACACAAACACCUGUUGUACAUCAGCCUACCCUACACCUAUUAAAGCAGUCACUAAUCUGACCACACCCUGUACAGACCUUGUCUUCAAUGCAACUACUGAAAUACUAGCCAUGGCCUCAGAUUAUACAGAGAAAGCUGUUAAAUUGUUACAUUUUCCAUCACUGACCGUGUUUUCUAACUUCCCUGAAAGAGGUGAUGACUUGAGGAUCCCCAUGUGUAUGGACUUCUCAAAGAAUAGUGGUUACCUUGUAGUAGGGGGGCAUAAAGGAAGAGCAAGUUUAUACAGGAUGAAUCACUUUGGUAACUUCUAAGGUGCUGACAAUUACAACAAAUGCACGGCUGGUAUAUGGACUAGUUGGGGG